AUGUGUCGCAGGGCUCCAAUCAUGUCAUGGAUUAUUGAUGGUCACGUCCGUGAUCGGGAGCCCGAAUUGCAACAUCACAACACUUUCCUCUAUGCAAGGAUGACAUCGGUACAGCACCAUACAGAACCUUACCGAAGGAAAAAAGAGCGUUUCAAUAACAGCGGGUCCGAUUCGUCAGAAGACGACUCCGCAGUGACAAAAACUACAAGACAAAAUGUUUUGCCCCUGUUCACGCAGAAAAGAAAGCAACAGCAACCAAUGUCUGGAGCUUUGCAAAAACCUCGUAAGCAACCACCAUGGUACAAUGCUCGGAUUCUCGAAGAAGAACGACCGGAUCUUGCUGGAGAAGACGGAAGGAUUAACUUAGAGCGAGAUGAAGCCGCACUUAUGGAUAUGUUCAUCAGAGGGAAAAGUGAUCUUCAAAUAGGCGAUCUUAUAAUUACUGAUGAUAAGCGAUCGGAUCACAGUGCUUCAUAUUCUUGCUUUGAGUACCAGGUGUAUCUCCCACCCAUAGGAAUGGAAUGCAUCCUGGGAAAUGUAAAAUUUGAUCUGCCAGACUUUUUGGAUGAGGAAGAUCGUAAAUUCAAUCGCUACGAAGUACAAUUGAAAUACAACGAAGGGCGUUAUACAGCCAUUUACAUAAUAUCGCGGCAAGUUUGCGUAAACAACGAGACAGAAGAGAAGAACACUCUUUUCGCUAUGAAAACUAGUAUUCGGCCCUAUAGCGUGAACAUUUCCUUACGAAUGAAGCGUGAACUUCGAAUGCUGAAUGAGCUCAAGAAGUACAAGUGCCCAUACUGCCCAACUGUUCUUGACAGCGGACGAGUAGCCGACUUACCUUUUAUAGUAAUGAACCUCUUGGAUCGCAAUUUCGAGAAGCUUCGUGAACAAGUAGCCAUGUUCAGACCAGCUACAGUAUAUUAUGUUGCUCAUGAAGCCUUAGCAGCGAUAGGGUUUCUACACAACUUGCGGUUUAUACAUCGUGAUAUCAAAACGACAAAUCUUUGCGUUGGUGUCGGUCCAUUGAUGACCAGGAUUUAUCUGAUUGAUUACGGUGACACCGUUAGGAAGGGCAAAAAGAUCAGAUAUGGUACACCUGACGCUUACACAUUGCCAUACUGGAGUCUGGAUGCUCAUAGACGUACAGCUGCGCGCGAGAAAGGGGACAUCGAGUCGUGGUUCUACGUAUUUAUUGAUCUACUUGAACCUGGAUCGCUUCCUUGGUCGAAGUUGAACGAUGAAAAGGCUAUAGAAGCGGAAAAAGUAACUUUUUGGGAAGGUAAGUAUCGAAGGCCUGCCGCACCUCCAUGUUCUGUGGGCACACGACCGCUUCGUCAUAUUGUCCUGCCCUCAAGGCAAGCAGCACCAUGUCUUCCAGUCCCCUGA